AUGCAAAUAAGAUCUUUACGUCAAUUCAGUAUAUCCAUACUACGAUCAAAUCAUCAUGAAUUUAAACAUUCACAAAUAUCAGAUUCAUUUCGACUAACAAUGUCAAAAAUAGCAUCACAAGCAAUGAUUUUAACAUCAUCAACUACAAAAGAAGAAAUAUCUCAAUUACAUGGAAUGACAUUAAGUUCAUGUGUAUCAUUAUCAGUAUAUCCAAAACCUUAUAUAUCUUUUAAUUUACAUUUACCUUCAUAUACUUCAACAUCCCUAAAACAAAGUAAAUAUUGUGCAAUUCAUUUAAUGUCACCUACAACAAAAGCAACUGAAAUGGCUAAAAUUUUCGCUAGAGGUAAUAAACUGCCAAAAUUGGAAGAAAAUGAAGAUGGUGAAAUUUUUCAUGAAAUGACUACUCCAUUUAAUGAAAUUUCAAAUAUGGAUUAUGAAUUUUUUAAACUACCAGAGAAUAGAGAAGUUGAAAUACCUAUUUUAAAAAAUGGAGUAGAAACUAUAAUGAUUUGUAAAACAGAUAAAUGUUUUCCUGUUCAUGAUCAUGAAAUUUGGGUAAUUGAAGUAUUAAAAAUUUUAAAUUUUUCAAAUGAUAAAACUGGUGGAUUAUUAUAUUAUAAUAGAGGAUUUCAUAAAAUUGGAAAAAUAAUAUAG